GUAAUGGAAACCAAAAAAAAAAAGAUCAGGUACUUGAAAAAUAAGUAUACAUAGUUGAGGGUGGAAUUCUCAUAUUUUUCUUUUGUCAGUGCUGUUAGAAAUUUGCUUUUGCUUUCUUGGCUGAAAGUGCGGUUGAUUAACUUCUUCUCUGCUAGGCUCGAUUGCUUAGGAGGAUCACGGAAUUGCGACCUUGAGCUCAAUUUAGCGAAAUGGAGACUCCUUACCCAGAACCCAUCUCACCCUCAAAAACCCGCGUUGGUUGGAUCGGGAUCGGCGUGAUGGGUGCUGCCAUGGCUUCUCGCCUGCUGUCCGCCGGCUACUCACUCACUGUCUACGCCCGAACUCCGUCAAAGGCCGCGACUUUACUCUCCCUGGGUGCCCGUCUCGCCGAUUCUCCUUUCGCCGUUGCUCAGUCCAGCGACGUGGUGUUUACCAUGGUGGGACACCCAUCAGAUGUUCGAUCAAUUGUCUCGGAGAGCCAGGGCAUUCUCGCCGGCCUAAACCCUGGCGGGGUGGUAGUCGACACUACAAGCAGCCAUCCAGCUUUGGCACGCGAGAUUUUCGAUGCGGCUCGAGGGAAAGGAUGUUGGUCUGUUGAUUCCCCGGUUUCAGGCGGGGACAUUGGCGCCAGGGAUGGGAAGCUGGCUAUUUUCGCUGGAGGAGAUGAUGGGGUCGUCAAGUGGUUAUCACCCUUAUUUGAUGUUUUGGGGAAAGUUACUUAUAUGGGUGGAGCUGGGUGUGGACAAAGCUGCAAAAUUGCGAACCAGAUUGUGGUGGGGGCUAAUUUGUUGGGGCUGAGUGAAGGGCUGGUUUUUGCAGAGAAAGCUGGGUUGGACGUGAACAAGUUUGUGGAUGCGGUGAAGGGAGGUGCUGCUGGGUCGAUGGUGAUGGAGUUGUUUGGGCAGAGAAUGAUUGGGAGGGACUUCAGGCCAGGUGGUUUUGCAGAGUAUAUGGUUAAGGACAUGGGGAUGGGGGUGGAUGUUGUAGAAGAGAGUGACGACGGCAAGGUCCCUGUCUUGCCUGGUGCUGCUCUGGGUAAGCAGCUCUUUAGUGGGAUGGUGGCCAAUGGGAAUGGACAGCUUGGAACUCAAGGGCUUAUCACUGUGAUUGAGAAGCUCAAUGGCAAGUAAGAAAAAACUACGUCCAGAUUCCCUAAACCUCUUCUGCAGUUGAAGCAAGUUGUUGGGAUAGCUUUAAUUUGUGUUGUAUUUUGCACUUUUUGUUGCAAGUAGUUGUUCUCGAUGAACAAAUCGUCUACUUCUGGUGAACAACUUGAUUGUUGGAUGAGAAAGUUAAGAAGUGUUGUAUCCUUAACCUAAUCUAUCUGUGGAUGGACAUCGUUUGUCAUCUCGGCAAGUGGAAAGUUUAGCUCUUUUAGAUGCAAGUAAGGAGAAAACAAACAAAAUACACGGGUGCCAUCAAUACCAUCCAGAAUCAGGAUACAUCAAUUCUCACGAUUGUGUUCCUAUGAAUAUGUGAUUUUUUUGGGGAUGUUCCUUGUGCAAAAAUGCAUUUAUGCUCUUAGUAACCAACGAGAGAAAUAGUUGAUAACUAAACUGCCACCUUGUUUCUCUCGUUGUUUAUGGUGGAUUUUAUUAUAUUUCCAUCUGUCAACUCUAUGAAGUUGAUACCUCAUACCCAUUACUCAGUUGUUGACCAAACUUGGCCAAGAGGAAAUGGGUCCUCAGGGACAAGUUGCUGCUUCUUGUAAAUCUUCAGCACCCAGGGAGAGUGUGAUUGUUGUGAUGCACAGUAAUCAAAGUAAGUGUGAUGUUGAGGCCGUGGAUUGGGCUCUCAAGCAUGUGGUUCGACGAGGAGACGAUGUUAUUGUGCUUGGAGUUAUAGAUGGGUGUGGAGUGAAGGCCACGUGCUUCCCUUUCAACAAGGCCAUGGGUUUUUCUGCAAUUUGGGAAAGAUUAGAUUGCUCAACAACAGGACAAGAGCUAAGACCGAAGGAACUUGCAGAAGAAAUUGAGAGAAAGAAACAACAGUGUCAGAGUAAACUCCAGCCAUUCUAUCGAAGAUGCAAGAAGAACGAGGUAAACUUGCAAGUCAAGCUUACAUUUGGUUGCUGCCCUGUAAAAAUCACAGUAGAGCAAGCUCAGAACUCAAAUCCUCGUUGGAUUAUCUUGGAUAGCUACUUGAAGAAGUAUAAAAUGAUCAUAUACAACCAAGUAGGCUGCAAUAUUGCAGCAAUGAAGGGAAAUGAUCUGGCAACUUUGAUUCCAUCAAGAAAUGGACAAGGUGGAACAUCUGGUACUGCUGCUUCUUGUGGAAAUCAAAACAAGCUUAACGUUCCGGAUGAUGAUGACUCAUCAUCAACAUCCAGGCAAGCAUCAGCAGGACAAAGCCCUGCAUGGUAUCCACUAUCAUGGAGAAGUGGGGUUCCUCAAGCUUUUUCAGAAGCAGAACUUGAAGUGAUAACAAAUGGUUUCUCCAAAGAGAACGUUAUUCUAGAAGUGCGAGAUGGCAUUGGAGUAUAUGAAGGGAUGCUCCAGGGAUGUCCUGUCCUGGUAAGAGCCUUUGCGGGAAACGAUGAACGCUUCUGGCCGACGCUGAAGAUCCUUUCCAGGAUCCGCCACCGGAAUAUAAUGAACCUUGUGGGACACUGCUGCACUGCCACCAAAUUGUUCUUGAUUUUCAACUACCCUUGCAUGGGUAAUCUGGAAAUCAACAUUCUAGUUGAUGAUUUGGCCAAGAACUUGCCCUGGAAAGCAAGGUGGCACAUUGCUCUGGACAUUAGUGGUAGCCUGCGGCAUCUUCAUGAAGAAUGUGCGACUGAUGGAACCAUUGUUCACCUUUCUGUUUGUUCUUCUUAUGUUACCUUAUCUUGUGGUUCCAUCACCAUGCUUGCCUACUUUGCAUCCGCUAGAGUCCUUAAAGAUGAAAGGGCGAGUAACGAUGACGCUAGAACAAGGCAGGGAAAUGAGGAGCGGGAUCAACUGAUAGCUGUAGACAUACACGACUAUGGAGUGCUCCUGAUUGAGCUCAUCAGUGGAAUGAGUGCGCGGCUGUUCCAGGGGCAAGGUGUGGGACAAAGCCUGAUUGACUGGGCACUGCCACUUCUGGAGAAGGGUUCCGUAGAUGCAGUGUUGGAUCCCAGAGUGUCAAAGGAGAUGAAUGAUAGCAGGAUGAUUCAGUAUUUGGUAAAUGCAGCUUUGCUUUGCCUGAGGAGUAAUCCUUCUCCUGGCCAUUGCCUCUCCAUGAGCCAGGUUUUGGCAGUAGUUAGAGGUGACCAACUUGCAAUGACAAAGCGCUCUAACCUUUUGCCGCCGCCGCCGGUUGCAACUAUAAAAACGAAGCCAAGCCAGAGUUCUGACUCAAAGCUGGAUAUGGAGGCGGGUCGUAGUAAGGAGCAAAUCAUGGACGUUAGGUCAGUAGCCGAAGCGGUCGCUUCUGCUGGAGACGACGACCUAGACUCCCCGCUUUAUGAGCUCGAGAGCCUCUGUAUGCGUUGCGGCCAAAAUGUUCGUUUUCUCGUGCUCCAACCCUUUCCGCUCUUGUUGUUCUCCUUCGCGUCCGGAGUAACAAGGUUAUUGUUGACUUCAAUUCCUCACUUCAGAAAGAUCCUGUUAUCAGCCUUUGAAUGUCCACAUUGUGAUGAGAGGAAUAAUGAAGUCCAGUUUGCGGGUGAAAUUCAGCCACGGGGUUGUUGUUACUGCUUGAAUGUCACAGCAGGCAAUCAGAAGAUGCUCGAUCGUCAGGUUGUGAAAUCUGAAUCUGCAACCAUAAAGAUUCCUGAACUGGACUUCGAAAUUCCUCCUGAGGCACAGCGUGGUAGCCUAUCAACAUUGGAAGGAAUUUUGAUGCGUGCUGUUGAUGGCUUGCAAGCACUUCAAGAGGAACGCAGGAAAGUGAAUCCUGAAACUGCCGAAGCAAUAGAUCAUUUCUUGUCCAAGUUGAGGGCUUGUGCUAGGGGAGAUUCAUCAUUCACUGUCAUCUUGGACGAUCCUGCUGGAAACAGCUUUAUUGAAAACCCGUGUGCUCCAUCACCAGAUCCAGCAUUGAGUAUCAAGUUCUACGAUCGAACUCCAGAACAACAGGCAUCUUUGGGAUAUAUGCCUAAUCCAACACAGCCUGGAGUGGACACAGCAUCUGCAGAGAGAACAGAGAAUGAUAAUGCCAAUCCAGGAGAAGUAGAACCUCACGGAUCGAUAGGAGCAGUGGCUGGUCAUCGAGCCAUUGCUCAGAGUAAUAGUUCGGAAAUUUCUGAAGCUUUGUUCCGGUACACUUCACCAGAAGAGGUUAUGACAUUCCCGUCAACCUGUGGAGCUUGUGCUGUCAGGAGUGAAACUCGGAUGUUUGUCACUAGUAUCCUCGAUAUUUCUUCUGGUUUAGUUUCUCUGAAGCCAGGUGGGGCAAUUCCUGAAAAGGGGAAGAAAAUAACACUUUGUGUGAAGAAUGUUAAAGACCUCAGUCGUGAUGUCAUAAAGUCUGAUACUGCAGGUGUGACAAUCCCCGAGCUUGAUUUGGAACUGACAAGUGGCACUUUAGGAGGAUUAGUGACAACAGUGGAAGGGUUGGUUACAAAUAUCAGUGAAAGCCUUGAGAGAGUGCAUGGAUUUACAUUUGGUGACAGCCUUGAGGAAUCCAGGAAAAGCAAGUGGCUAGAUUUUAGAUCAAGACUAAUUAAGAUUCUAAACCUUGAAAAGCCUUUUACUUUGAUUCUUGACGAUGCAUUGGCAAAUUCUUUCAUUGCUCCAGCAACAGAUGAUCUCAAAGACGACCAACAGCUUAUAUUUGAAGAAUACGAGAGGUCAUUCGAGCAGAACGAAGAGCUGGGACUGAACGAUUUGGACACGUCUUCAGCUGAUGCAGCGUAUAACGCUAGCUCCAGUACUGCUGCGGUUGAAGAAGAGAAGUAGUUCUCUGCUCGUCCUGCGGGAUUGUUUAGCAAAUGCAGAAAGCAGAUAAGAAAUAUUCCCCUUGAUGGGUACAAUGUGUGUCUUACAGGAAAUGACUAUUGUAUCAAAGACGGAGAGAACCUGUUAUUGUUUGAGGAGAUCACCUCUUGUGCUAUUGGUUCUGCUUGUGGCAACCUUCCUUUUCUUUGUAACGUUAGUCGAUGUGUGACCUACGAGAAUAAGGCCCACUAUACCCAAUAGAGAAUAUUUCUCACGUGUUUUACCAUGAAAUUGCCAAUUUUGCAUUGUUGGUGAAGAAUAAGGAAUUCACCCGACCUCAUCGAAUGAAAGCAAAGUACUCCAUCGUUGUCACUAAUUAGCAUCCCCUUCACGACACAUCUACACUGAAAUGCUUCAACAGAAUUUAGCUACAUGUACUAGUUAAGAGCUCUUGAUUGGGG